AUGACAGAGGAUGGGGACCGGUAUCUGCUCAGUUUCAAGUAUCGCACCGGUGCUCAGAUCAAUUUUGUCCUGGAGCUGCCAAACUUACCGGUCGUCCAGUCACCCGCCGGUGGUGAGCUUGAUAAGAGCCGAAUAGUGGUCUUCGUAGGUGACGAACGUGAUGAAGACUGGACUGCGCAUCUCAAACAGAUGUGGGACAAGGUCGGUAACGCGGAGAGCAGUACCCCGGGAUGGGCACUUCAAGCCUCUAUCACUACGCGUCGCGUUUUCAAUCAGCUCAUAUCUACUCUAGAUGUCAUUAACACGGAGAGUCUGGCUGAUUACAACAAUGAUAUAGGCGAGUUGGAUUUGAGCCAGGGCAAGGAUCUGUCGAAUCAUAUUCGAAGCCGGGAAGAAUUAUUCAUAAUGUCCAAUGCAAUCCAUCCCUGCCCCGAUGGUGGUGCUAAUAUGCCAGUAUUCCUGGAGCGCCCAUGA